AUGUGCCGGCGGUCACAAGUUAUCCAAAGGCAUUGCCGGGCGGAGCAUGGAUGGCAGAACGAUUGGCAGAAGGGAGGUAAUGUGCAUAAGAAGGCCAGGGUAGCCAGGGACGUGCCGUGGACAACGGGGGUGCCGUGUCAGCGGUUUUUCCCAUCGCGCGCAGGGAGCCGGUGGUUCGAGGUCGGGCGGGGGUUAGGGGUGGCCGUCGAACGCAGCGAGCCAGCAGUGCCAGCGGCCAGCGAGACCGGGUGGUUCGUCGCGUUGCACGAGAACCAAGAGAAGCGGUUCGAGGCCGACGCGCGCGAGGAGGUCAGUACAGUGGACGAAAAGUUGGAGCCGAACGGGUGGUUAUACCGCGUCGGUUGGACGAGGGAUUUGGAAGGGUUGAACAAGAUGCAGUUGCAGGAGGCCACGCGACCGAUCGAGGACGGCGAGGAGACGUUACGGAACGUGUGGGCCGUGUUCAACAGUGUUGCCGACAAGGCACGCGCAACAGCAGCACCGCACAAGGUCGGGCACGACGUGUUGUUCGAGGCGGAGCGGAAGGAGAUGGGCCAGAAGCCGGUGCGGCCGUUCGAUAACCGCAUGGAGGACGACAC